AUGGUGGUGUUGUGUGCUGGCUGUGAUGCGCCCAUCCUGGACAAGUUUCUCCUGAAUGUUCUAGAUCGCACAUGGCAUACUGACUGCGUGCAGUGUUACGAUUGCAAAACUGUUCUCACCGAAAAGUGCUUCUCCAGAGAUGGCAAACUUUACUGCAAGAUGGAUUUUCAUAGGUCUGUUGCUGUUAAGUGCGGCGGUUGUGGCCAGGACAUCUCAGCCACAGAACUCGUGAGGAGGGCGCGCGAUCGCGCCUACCACCUCAAAUGUUUCACUUGCAUCGCCUGUGGCAAGCAGCUAUCAACUGGAGAGGAGUUGUACAUGUUGGACGAAGCUCGCUUCCUCUGUAAAGAUGACUACCUCGUUAAAUUCAGACGUAUGUUUAAACAUGGCAUUAACAAUGGUGACGAUGAUGAUGAUAACGAAAGACAGACAGACGAUGAUGAUGAUGAUGAUGACGAUGAUGAUGACGAUGAUGAUGACGAUGAUGAUGAUGACGAUGAUGAUGACGAUGAUGAUGAUGGAAGUGAUAUGACAAGCAAACGCCGAGGGCCCCGCACAACCAUCAAAGCAAAGCAGCUGGAAACGUUGAAAGCUGCAUUUGCGGCCACACCGAAACCAACGCGCCACAUCAGAGAACAGCUGGCACAAGAAACUGGACUCAACAUGAGGGUCAUUCAGGUCUGGUUCCAGAACAGGCGAUCAAAAGAACGACGGAUGAAACAACUGAGUGCUCUUGGUGUUCGUCGUCAGUUCUACCGCAAUCCCCGGAGGUUGAGGGGUUUGAGGCCCGGAGAUGACCUCGUUGAUGAACUGGGUCAACCAGGGUUCAACUAUUUUGUAGGUCAGUUCAAGUUGUGCUCUGUUAAGUGA